GGGCGCGCGCUUGGCACACCUAGGCGGCCUCUAGGAAACUCUUCCACUACUAAGUGGUUUGGAGGCCGGAAGACCCAGAGAAGCUUCAGUCCUCCAGCGUCCUAGACGGCUCUAGGCGGAAGGAGGAGGUUGGCUCUUUGUCCCUCUGUCCCCCCGCCUCUAUGGUUCCGCCGCUCUCCCAAAAUUCCCCGGGCGGCUGGUCUAUAUCUCCAGUCCGCGAAGGAGGAGCCAUCCGUGCAGCGGCAGCAGUCACCUGGCGCUCCACCUGCAAGUCUAGUGCCGCUGCAGCCCGAGCCCCGCCGCCGCCGCCGCUGCCAUGGCGCCCCCCACAGGAGAUGUCCUGGAUAAUGUGUCUCCAUGUUCUGUGACAAACUACUUACGGUGGGACUUGACAGCAGGGCAGAUUGAAAAUCUUACCAAUGAACUCAUUGAAAAAACCAAGCGUGUGUAUGAUCAAGUGGGAUCGCAGGAGUUUGAAGAAGUAUCCUAUGAGAGUACUCUCAAGGCAUUGGCUGAUGUGGAAGUGGAGUACACAGUUCAGAGAAACAUUCUGGAUUUCCCACAGCAUGUCUCCCCCUCCAAAGAUAUCCGAACAGCCAGUACUGAGGCUGACAAAAAGCUCUCCGAGUUUGAUGUCGAGAUGAGCAUGAGACAGGAUGUGUACCAGAGGAUCGUCUGGCUGCAGGAGAAAGUUUCGGCAGACUCACUGAGGCCAGAAGCCAAGAGAUACCUGGAUCGGUUAGUUAAGCUGGGCAAACGGAAUGGUCUGCAUCUCCCAGAAGAAACUCAAGAAAAUAUAAAAAACAUUAAAAAGAAGCUAAGUCUCCUUUGUAUCGACUUCAACAAGAACCUGAACGAGGACACUACCUUCUUGCCGUUCACUCGAGAGGAGCUGGGUGGCCUUCCUGAGGACUUUCUGAACUCCUUAGAAAAGACCAAGGAUGAUAAGUUGAAAGUCACUCUCAAGUACCCCCAUUACUUUCCUCUCCUAAAGAAGUGUUAUGUUCCUGAGACCCGGAGGAAGGUUGAAGAGGCUUUCAACUGUAGAUGCAAGGAGGAGAACUCCGCGAUCCUCCAGGAGCUUGUGGAUCUCCGGGCUCAGAAGUCCAGCCUUCUAGGAUUUAACACGCAUGCCGACUAUGUCCUAGAGAUGAAUAUGGCCAAAACAAGUCAAGAUGUCGCCACAUUCCUAGAUGAACUGGCCCAGAAACUGAAGCCUCUUGGGGAAGAAGAGCGAGCCAUCAUUUUGGAGUUGAAAAAAAAAGAAUGUGAGAAGCGGGCCCUGGAUUUUGACAACCAGAUCAAUGCCUGGGAUAUGCGUUACUACAUGAACCAGGUGGAGGAGACCCACUAUAAUGUGGACCAGAACCUGCUAAAGGAAUACUUCCCUAUGCAGGUGGUCACCAAGGGCCUUUUGGGCAUAUACCAAGAGCUCCUGGGACUGACCUUUGAACUGGAAGAGAAUGCCAAAGUGUGGCAUGAAGAUGUGAAAUUGUAUUCCGUGAGGGAUGUUGACUCAGGCAAAAUGAUAGGAAAAUUCUACCUGGACCUCUACCCCCGGGAAGGGAAGUACGGUCAUGCAGCCUGCUUUGGCCUACAACCUGGCUGCCUCCUCAAGGAUGGCAGCCGGCAGAUCUCCAUUGCAGCCAUGGUGGCCAACUUCACCAAACCCACGCCGGAUGCCCCGUCCCUGCUGCAGCACGAUGAGGUGGAGACGUACUUCCAUGAGUUUGGGCACGUGAUGCACCAGCUCUGUUCCCAGGCAGAGUUUGCCAUGUUCAGUGGGACCCAUGUGGAGCGAGACUUUGUAGAAGCACCGUCACAGAUGCUGGAAAACUGGGUAUGGGAGAAGGAGCCUCUGAGGCGCAUGUCACAACACUACAAGACAGGAGAGCCCAUCCCCCAGGAGCUGCUGGAGAAACUCAUCAAGUCUCGUCAGGCAAAUACAGGUCUCUUCAACCUGCGUCAGAUUGUCCUUGCCAAAGUGGAUCAGGCCCUGCAUACACGGACAAAAGCAGAUCCAGCUGAGGAGUACUCCCGGCUGUGCCAGGAGAUCUUAGGGAUUCCAGCUACUCCAGGCACUAACAUGCCAGCCACUUUCGGUCACCUGGCGGGAGGCUAUGAUGCCCAGUACUACGGCUACCUCUGGAGUGAGGUGUACUCCAUGGACAUGUUUCACACACGCUUCAAAAUGGAAGGGGUCCUCAACUGUAAGGUUGGCAUGGACUACAGGACUUGCAUCCUGAAGCCUGGUGGUUCUGUAGAUGCUAUCAGCAUGCUGCAGCAGUUCCUCGGUCGGGAGCCCAAGCAAGACGCCUUCCUCCUGAGCAAAGGCCUGAAGGUGUCAGACAGCAGCUCACUACCUUCUGCCUGCUGAUGGGCCAGCCCGGGAGGCACAGGAGCUCUUUCAUGCAUCUCCAUUCUUCAGGACUGAGCAAGUGUGGACAUAACCUUCUGCAGGCCUCCCUGUUGCCUUAAACUCCCAACAGAGAGAGAACAGGGGACUCUCCCAGAGGGGAGUGGGAUGGGGGGGGUUUUCUUCACCCUGCCCCAGACCUACCCUGCUUUGCUUUCUACUUUUUAACCUUCCAGUCCCUUUUUAGGGUCUUUGCUCAGUCACAUUAAGAUGUUUGGAGAGUUCUUGUGUUGGCUGUAUGGCCUGGUAUUUUUUUUCCCUUGUCCAUCCCAUCCCAGAGUAACCAAGAUCUGGUUCUCUACUGAAAUUAUAACUAUAAUCUUUUUUAAAAAGUGGAGUAAAAGAGGGAGUCUCUCUUCUGCCUCCCUCUCUCCCUCUCCUAUCUUGAAAUGGUUUAGUCUAACAUGGGUUGUUAAGGCAGAAAUCAUGGUUUUAGUCUUUUGGGGAUGGUUUUAUCAUAAACUGUUUUAGCAAAAGAUGAUUAGACCUCAGGGAAUUGACAGCUGGGGUGAGUGUGUUGUGUGCGCAUGUGUGCAGUAGCUGCUGAGUGAAAUGAAUGAGUUGUUCUCCUAACUGGAACCAAGGGGCCUUAGAAAGUUCACCAUGAGCUUUGUACAACCUUUACUCCUGGAUUGGGAGGCCAGCAUCUCAGCGUGGGUUCCAUGCCUGGCUCACAUAAUAAACCUUGAGAAAGCCUAUCGUUAACCUGUUCAGUAAAUGAAGUCAGGUCAGAGCUCCUUGGGAGAAGGUGUUUGGAAAGAACUUGGCCUAAGUGACUCCUCCCUUUUACCCCAGCAGACUUUCUCUAAAUCCCCCAGGAGAGACUCUGCAGGCCUGGUUCUUGCUGGGGACCCCUCCUGCCCUUGGCCACUCUUUAUCCUCUCAGCACCGCCCUCCCCCCCAUCCCCCCAGCCAUGAACAAGACAAGCACAGAGACUAGAGCACAGCCUUUUGGCUUUCUGUGUUAGCAAGCACUAGGCAGUAAAGGUGAGGGCAUGAUAGUGGAGACAGAGACAGCACUCCCAGGAAAAAUGGAGAGGAAGGUGCAGCACCUUUGACUUCAGAGUGGGAGGGAACAGGCUUUAAAUUGGUGGAUGUCAGAUAAAUCAAGGCAUGAGCUCUCUGGGCCUGACAUACUGCCUGUUCCUGUGCCCUCAGUCGGUGGAUAGGCAUUUAUUAAAUGUUCCUGAGACAAACUCUGCCUCAAGGAGCUUACAGUCUAAUGGGGAAGACUAGGUGCAAACAACUAGGUAUAAACAAGUUGCGGAUAGGAUAAACAGGAGAUACUCAAUGAGGGAAGCCCUGAAAGUAAGGGGGAUUGGGAAAGGCUGGAGAAGGUGGGAUUUUCAGUGGGAUGUGAAGGAAGCUGGGAGGCAGAGAUGAGGCAGGAGAGUGUUCCAGGCAAGGGGCAUGGCCAGAGAAGAACGCCUGGAACCCAGAGAUGGAGGGCUUUGUUUAAGGAACGGCAGCCAAGCCACCCCAAAUCCGUCUCCAUCCAAAGGCAGUCGGAAUGCCCUCUUUUCUUCCCCCACUUCUACCUUGUCUUGCAGUUGGAAAAGCAGAAAUCCCAGCUCUCCACCUGAUUUCACCGUGUGACCUUGGGCCAACUUCUCUGGGCUUACUCUCCCCAUCGUAAUAGCAAAUCAAUGACUAUUGAACGUUCUCAUCCGAACACCCUCAUUCUUCGAAGCAGUCUUAACCUCCUCUGCUUCUCAGCACAGCCUCCUGCAUGCUCAUCCUGCUACCAGAAACCCCUUCAGGGAUAAGUCAAGGCCAAGUCCUCCUGCUUUUAACUGAACCCGUUAAUGAUGAUUAGAUUUUAAUAAUGACCCCAGAUCACCAGCCUCGGGCGCCUCACCUUUGUGAGCCUGGUAGCUUUUAGCUGACUACAGUAGCACCCAGGCUUUGGCCUCAUUGUUUAAAAAAAAAUCACAAAUACCCUUUCUCUUUGUCCCCCUCCCCCUUACCAAGGAAUAGCCAGAGACAGAGACUUUAUUUAAUCUUUUCACUUCUCUUCUUAAUUCCUUGGUGGUAAGCCCCCUGUUCUUGAUUAUGAAAGUCAGGUAUGGUUGGUGCCUUCCUCUCUUUACUCUGGGUUUUUCAGUCAGUUGCUCAGAAUUCCCAUGACUCCUCCAACCUUUGCUUAAGCAUCUCUCUUUCUUGGUCCCAGCCACAGCAAGAUCCACCUGUAAAAUCAAGUACUGAGCUCUCCAGGCUGGCAAGGAAGGCACAGAUGGGCAUCACCUGCCCAUGGAGUUGGAGUAGGAGGUGGGGGGUGGGGGUCUUGUGUCCCCUCUUUCCCAACUCCUCCCCCCUUUCCUGUCACCCAUUCACACCCAGCUCCUAAACCAGGGCGGUAUGAUUUAGAGGCUGCUUUGUGCCCAGGCCUUGAGACUGUUGUACCUAAUCUGUACUGCCCUAUCCUAAAGUUCUUGACCAGGAGGACAGAUACCUUAUUUUCCUUAGCCAGAGCUAAUAAGGGUGGGUCCGAAGGGUCAAUAUCUGGUCUCCCUGGUGUCUUCACUAUCCCAAGGAGGCGAGGUGGUUGCAUUUAGAUUCUGUGGCUAUCACAGCUGAAUGUUAUAAUGUCUACAAUCCUCUGGUCCAAAAUAGCAAAUCCACAGGACAGUUGUACUGGUAUCAGGAGACAAGAUCGUCCUAUUCAUUGCUCUGUCCAGCUGCCAUCCUUUUGUGCCAGCCAGACCCUACCAGACCCUGCAGUGAGUGAGUGGCCUCUGAUUCAUUUCACUACUCAGCCUUCUCAGUCCAAACACAGCUGAUUGAUCUUUGUCCUGCCACAUGGCAUCAAGGAAGGCUGGAGGCUAGUGGGUUUUCCUGGCUUGUGACCUUUGGCCCUGCUGCCAGUUUUUGUUGUUGUUUUAAAGAUGUAGAUGUCAAAACUCAUAAGCAUGGAAGUGAACAAGGAAUCUGAAGGCCUUGGCUGCUUUUAGAACCCUGCCAGCCAGCUGCCCAUGUGCUUGGGGCCAUUUCAAGAGGCCACGUGUGUACUGGGCAGAGCCGGGAAAGGUAGCCAGUGUCAUGGGAAGAUCAGUGGGUUUGAAUCCUGACCCUAUGACCCUAGACAAGUCCCUUUCCCUCCCUGCACCAGUUUUCCCCAUCUGCAAAAUGAUAAGGUGGGACUAUAUUGUUAAGGGUCAGUCCUUCUACCUCUAAAUCCUAAUUAAACAGGCAAAGAAUACAUUAUUUAAGUUAUGGCGUGGCCCCAGAAUUACUGCCUUCUUUGCUAGGAAUUCCUCAAGGGAGUAUCAAAGGCUUGGUUUUUGGGUAUGGUGACCUAACCCACUCAGUGCCCCCAGCCCUGAGCUCUUCCUUUAUCCCCUGUCUCCUGGCAUGAUAUGGAAAGGUCACAGGUUUUGAAUUCCUGCCUGCUCUGCCUAGCCAGCUCAGUGGCCAUACUGCUCAUUCCUCAGGAGCCUGUGUCUUAGUGCUUAGAGACAUUUGAACCUCUGGAGCUGAACAUGGCCCCAUCUUCCCAGUGUUCUCUGCAGUCACCCUCUCCCCCAAAGCCAGGGCCCUGGGCCUCCACAUAGGGUCUUUUGCUGCCUCUUCCUGACCUCAUUUCUCUUAGACUUCUCUUCUAGCAUCUUAAAAGCUUUUCCCACAUCCUGACGUAUAUUGCCUGAAUUGAAAGCCCAGCUCAGGUAACUCAGCAAAAUCCCAAAGGAGAAACACAUGCUCAUUGGGGAUGGCUUAAAAUACCUAAGGCAGGUGUGAGGCUGCUGAGUCAGCACUGGACAGCCUCGGUUCCCCAGAGGCCUUCCUCAUCGAGAAAGGAUUAUCUGCCAUUUUAUCUUCUCCCCAGCCUCUAGACGCGGCAGGGCUAGACAUUGCUAGUCUGUCUCAUUCAGGCUCCACUCCUACCCUAAGUCAGCAAGAGAAUGUAGUUGCAGACUGUGCCCCUUGCCCCUCCCCCCUGCCUCAGGUGCAGCAGCUGCAUGGUCAGGAAACAGGCGCGUGGUACAGUCAGGAAUGCCAGGCUGGGAAGGUGCCCAGCUCCUUUCCCUUGUCUCCAUUCCCUUUAUCUUUCUCAAAAGAAACUCCUGGGCGGAACCUACUUUCCCCUGACUACCUCACUGUCCCAUGCAAGCCUGGCACUGAAGCUGAAUUGACUGUCAUUCUGGGAUGGGAAAAGGAAGCAGCCCAUAAGCAGAAGCCACAAUCGCAGCUGCCCCAAUGUACCCUCCAGAGAUGUGCCCUCCAGAGCCUCGUGACUGCACCAACUUUAUGGAGACGGCUAAAAUCAACUUGCUGAGAGAAUGUGAUACUAAGGCUGGUAAAGCUUGCCCCUCUAUAGACUUCCAGCCUUACCAAAAAGGUACGCUUAUUAAGCAUCUACUAUGCAAGGCAUUGUGCUAGGGAUAGACAAUUACCAAACAGUCCCUGCCCUCAGUGAGCCUUACAUUCUACAGAAAGCACUGUGGGGUUUAAGGAUCUGUCUCUGGGUGUGCAGUUGGCCCCUUCUCACCUACCACCCUCCCCUUUGGGGCCAAGUGUCGGUCUGCACCCCACUCUGCCUUUCCUUUCCCUCCUCCCCUAAAGAAGGGUGCUUUUGAGAUUUUUAUGGUUCAGGAAACUGGCUUAUUAAGCUGGGUUAUGUUUUGGCAAAGUGCUUAUUACUAAUAAAAAGUGGUUUUUAAAAGGA